CGAUCCGGCCGCCAUGUCCCCCUGCCCCUCAACCGGUUCCUGAGAAAGGAAAAGCAUCUCUGCCAUUCGGGUCACGGGACAAGCUCCUGGACCUUGUUCUUUCGGGGCUGAUCUGUAGAUUUCGGCCUGUCAGGGGACAUGGAGGAAGAAAGGACAGCUACUGAGUUACAGAAAAAUACGGUACAGGACUCAGUGAUCUUUGAGGAUGUAGCUGUGAACUUUACCCAGGAGGAGUGGGCUUUGUUGGAUAUUUCUCAGAAGAACCUCUACAGAGAUGUGAUGCUGGAAAACUUCUGGAACCUGGCCUCACUAGGGUAUCCAUUACAUACAUCUCAUCUGGUCUCCCAGUGGGAACAAGAGGAGCACCUGCAGACAACGAAAAGAGGACUUAUCCAGGACAUCUGUACAGUAGAACAACAGGAAGAUUUUGUGACUCAACUUAAAACUAAUGGAUUGGUAGUUCAAAAUAUUUGUGGAGAGAAAUUUUCCAAUGAACAGAAAAUAGUGAGAUUCAAAAUAAAUGAUUCCUGGACCUCUAUUUUACCUGAAAACUGGGAAUAUUGUGGUAUUGAUGACCAAAAUAAAAGCCAUGAGAGACAUUUGAGAACUCAUAUGGUGAAGAACAUCUAUGAAUGUUAUGAAGAAAAUCAACAUGGACAAACCUUCACAAUUCCACAUCUUGAUAUGCCCCAGAGAACCUCCGAAGUAAAAUCCUAUGAAUGCUGUGAAUGUGGAAAGGCCUUUGUGGAUCAUGCAUCCCUUAAGAAUCACAUCAAGUCUCAUACUAGAAGGAAACGCUACCAGUGUGAGGAAUGUGGGAAAGCCUUCCAUUUUCUUGCUUGUUUUAAGAAGCAUAUGAAAACUCCUACUGAAGAGAAGCCCUAUGAGUGUAAGGAAUGUACCAAAGCCUUCAGUUGUUCCUCAUUCUUUAGGGCACAUAUGAAGAUUCACUCUGGGAAAACAAACUAUGAAUGUAAGGAAUGUGGGAAAGUUUUUAGUUGUUCCUCAUCCCUUAUAGAACACAAAAGAAUUCAUAGUGGAGAUAAGCCUUAUGAAUGUAAGGAAUGUGGAAAGGCUUUUAGUUGUUCCUCUUCACUCUCCAAACACAAAAGAAUUCAUAGUGGAGAUAAGCCAUAUGAAUGUAAGGAAUGUGGGAAAGCCUUCAGUUCUUCCUCUCACCUUAUAAUACAUAUAAGAAUUCACACUGGAGAGAAGCCUUAUGAAUGUAAAGAGUGUGGGAAGGCCUUCAGUGAGUCCUCAAAACUCACUGUACAUGUGAGGACACAUACUGGAGAGAAACCCUAUAAAUGUAAGGAAUGUGGGAAAGCCUACAAUUGUCCCUCCUCCUUAAGUAUCCAUAUGAGAAAACACACUGGAGAGAAGCCCUAUGAAUGUCUGGAAUGUGGAAAAGCGUUCUAUCUUCCCACUUCCCUUAAUACACAUGUGAAAAAUCAAAGUAGAGAGAAACCUUAUGAAUGUAAGGAAUGUGGGAAAGCUUUUAGCUGUCCCUCAUCCUUUAGAACUCACAUGAGAGAGCACACUGGAAAGAUACAAUAUGAAUGUAAGGAGUGUGGAAAGGCCUUUAGUCGUUCCUCAUCGCUCACUGAACACUUAAGAACUCACAGUGGAGACAAGCCUUAUGAAUGUAAAGAAUGUGGGAAAGCCUUUAUUAGUUCCUCCCACCUCACAGUACAUAAAAGAACUCACACUGGAGAGAAACCUUAUGAAUGUAAGAAAUGUGGGAAAGCCUUUAUUUAUCCCUCAGCUCUUAGGAUCCACAUGAGAACACACACUGGGGAGAAACCCUAUGAAUGUAAGGAAUGUGGGAAAGCAUUUCGUCAUUCUUCAUAUCUUACUGUACAUGCAAGAAUGCACACUGGAGAGAAACCUUUUGAAUGUUUGGAAUGUGGAAGAGCCUUCAGUUGUCCCUCAUCCUUCCGAAGACAUGUGAGAAGUCACACUGGACAGAAACCUUAUGAAUGUAAGGAAUGUGACAAAGCCUUUGUUUGUCCUGCCUAUUUUCGAAGACAUGUAAAAACUCAUCCUAGAGAAAAUGUCUAAAUGUAAGGAAUGGGAAUGUCUGCAAGCCUUCUUGAAAUCCUAGGCAAUUUGUGAGAUCUCAUACUGUGGAGUGUAUUUUUUCAUACAGAGGCACAGGUGUUCCUUUUUUUAAUUACUGAUUUCUAAUUAAUGCCCAUUGUUUUCUAAAUGUGUAGUCAUUAUGGUAUCAACACUCUGGUUUUGGU